UCACACACACACACACACACAGACACACAGACAGCUGUAGUCAUGAUCCUGACUGGUCAAUCUUUGUGUCUCCCCUCUGCUGCCACCGUCCAGGAGCUGUUCUCCGUGGCUCGGGACGCCAGCAUCAUCCCGGACAUCUCCCUGGAUCCCGUCCUCACCUCCUUCCUGUCCCUGGACUCCUCCGCGGCCCUGCAGCAUCAGUACGCCUCCUUACAGCGGGGCUUGAGCGGGGAGCAGCAGGCGGCGUUCGGCCUCCGCCUGACGGGAGAGCUAGGAGGCAGCAGGGUCACCUAUGGAGGGGUCGGGGUCGUUGCUCUGGCUCUGUCCCUGCUUUUUGACCAGGUUGCCCAACAAGUCAGAACCAUUGGAUCAGCAGAGGGGGAAGCUUCAGCUAACAGGUCCCAGGUUAAAAACAUUGUAGGCAUUAGCAGAUCUUCCAGGAUAGGCUGGAUCAUCCACAGCUUCCUGCGCCUGGUCCCUGGCAUCGCCAACGACCAGGAGAACAUGGCCGAGACGACGGAGCUCCACGACAACUGGCUGAAGCUGGAGCUGAUCGACCAUUACGAGAGGAUGACCAAGAAGAAGAGGAUGAGUUCAGCGUCCAUGCUGCAGUGGCUGGCAGGAGCUGCGUUUCAUCUGCACAUGAGGAUUCACCAGGUCCGUCUUAACUCUGUGCCUUUCGGAUCAGCCGAGUCACUGCGUCUUUCCUAUAAGUCUGCAGUAAGUUGCCUGGUUCAAGGAUACACAUCCUAUCUGCACAGAAACAUCAAGGAGACUCCAGCAUCCAGGAAAAAAACUCAGAGCAAGGAUAGUCAGUCGACCAGAGAAUACAAAUAUCAGCUGCUCAAGUAAUCACACUUCUAAUAGUAGCCUGGUAAGCAUCUCAAAGGAUAACUUUAAUGACACUGGCACACCCAACAUCACUGCAGAAAACCGUAGGCGUUGUAAAGCAAAUACACCAAGUGGAGACUUUGGACUUAAGGUGACAAACAGAGGCAAGGUGUCUAUUGAAAUAAACCGAGAGAUAGUCAAUAAUUCGAUUGGAUACGAGGACGUUCAGGGUCUGUUAGUAAUUGAGCCGUGGAGGAAUGUGAGUCACAAUGUGCAGCACCACCCCUGCAAGUCUCCGGCCAUACAACAAGCUCUGGUGAUGCGUAUAAUAAACGCUCAGGACUUCGAGAGGAACAGAAACUUUUUCCUGUACCAGGAGAAAUCCUUCCUCAGCCUCCUCAGGCAGAGGGACGAUUUCGAGUUGAAGACAAAUUAGACAGAAUUCAAAAGUAACUAAGUACAUUUACUGCAUAACAGUACUUGUGUUCUAAUACCUUUUACAUACUAUGGAUCUCAGCUGCAUAAGUUACUUGACAUAUUCAUAGUUAUGCUUACAAAACAAGUGAAGUGCUUAUAAAAUGUAAUGUUUGGUUACAAAAAUAUCUUUAGUUUACUUUAAUUAGUUUCAAAUAGGUGUUUAAUGUGUUGUCCUGCAUGGUGGCUUUUCUGAUCUGAUUGUCAGUCUUUACUUGUAGUUUCAUUUAUUGCUUGUAUCUUUGUGGGUUUCAUUUUUGGCAUUUAUACAAAUAAACUCAAUCAUGAAA